GCGACGCGUGGGGCCGGCGGAGCUGCCGCCGCCGCCGUUGCACCGCCAUGGGCCCCAAGCCGCCCAAGUCCGUCCGGGACACGCCGGUGUCCGGGCUGCCGAGCUGGGAGCCCGCGCUGGUGUCCGCCCGCCUCGAAGAGGAUGACUGGAAACCUAGCAUCGCUUUCGUUGUUGGAACCAAGAUUGAGGAUGAAAUCCACACCCAGGCCCUGGCUCUUGCUGUGCAGGUGCCACUGCGAAAGCUCUUCAGCGUGGUAACAUGUGAAGACAUUUACAGACAGAUCGCAGAAUCUGGGCGUCAAAAGGGAAAAAAGGCAAAGGACGUGCCUAUGUACCAUGAGGUGAUGGAAUUAGCCAAAGCCUUUCUGGACCAGGGUGAAAAAAUUCCUGUAACACUAACUGGAAAGCUCUUGAAAUUUCAAUUGCUUUGUCUCAAACAGAAGGAUCUUCAGAGAAGAGAAGAGGAAAAGAAGGCAGAACAGCAACAAAGAGAAAAAGAGAAAGCAAGAGAAAAAGAAAAAGAUAAAUCUCCUGAUAAGGCAAGUGGAAAAGAUAGUAAAGGAAAAAAGUCAGUGACACAAUCCCCUGUUAAAAAGGACACCAAAUUCAAACAACGGGGAGAAGUGGAAGUGAAAGACAAAUACAUUGAUGAUGAACCAGAUGAUGGUGCUCAUUAUUACUUUAUCAUUCUGGGUUUCCCCAAUCUUCAGUUGUUGCCUGUCUUGAUUGAUCUUGGGAUUAACAUUUCAAGUGUAAUUCAGAUUUCUUCUGAAAAUUACAAGCCAUUGCAGAUAUACUUAGAAGCAACUAAACUUGAAAGACAAUCUUCAAUUUCGCUUGAAGAUGUAGAAGCAGAAAAAAGAAAGGAGGAUGAAGCUAAGAAAGACUUGGAAACAUUUUGGAAAUUCCUGGAGCCCGUUCUGAACAGUGGAAAACAUGGAUCAAGUCUCUUUGAUGUUGCCAGGUUUCAUUACCUAGUUAAGGAAAGUGACUUUCCCCCUGAUUGGUCAGACAGCGAAAUGCUGCUUGCAUUUGGUACUGUGCUGUUCGAACACAUUGCUUGUUUGAUGUAUGACUGCCUGGACUGGAGAAGACAGCAUUGCAACUACUUGGAAAACACCGAGUUUAUUAAUGUGCCUGUGUUACCAGAGAGCAAAUCAACACAACCAUCUUCAUUUGAGGAGCCGCCAGCACCACGGAUGUCACCUAUAAAGAAAAAAGGGAAACCAGAAGAAAUUCCGUCAACAGUAGUUUUGUCAGAGACAGAAGAAACUUCUAUUCUGUUUCCUUCUGUGGACAUGAGGUAUUACAAUGACUUGCUGAAUCAAAUUCCUGAGGAGUGCUUUUCUGUACCCUUAAUGCUGAGCUGCAUGUUGGAACAGGUUAUUGCAAGUGAAGAAGACCUUCCACCACCAAGUCUGGUGUCACCAGCGCCUCAGGCAGAUGAGCUGCGUCGUGCCAUUGCAGAUCACAUAAUCUCUCAUCUUCCUUCUCUUUCACUUCCCAUGAGUGAAAAAAAGAAUCUGUAUGACUACUUUUCUCAUAAAGACGAUGAACAAGAGACUGUCACCCCCCAAUACCCUCUCUUAUUUAAAUACCAUGAUGCCCUGGCUCAGCGGUUGCACCUGCUGAAGGUCCAGGAGAACUUCAAUCCAGAAAAGAUUGAGCAUGAAAUGAUGGAUAAACUGCCUCUUACAGAACUUAUCCAUUUCACUCCUCCUUCAACUGAAAACAACACUAAACGCUUGGCCAGAGUUCAUGAGCUCAUGCAUUAUUUUACUACUGAACUUCUGAGUUGGGCUGAAGUAGAAAGAGCCUUCAGAGUGUUUACUUUUGAAAGCCUGAAGCUGACUGGGAUAAGUGACUCUGGUUUCCUGGAGAGCUCUGGAUCUAGGGUUGGAGGUGAUUCUGAAGAGUCUUAUAUCCCUUGGGAUAAUCCAGCCAUGUUUGCAAGACAGCUGAGACAACGCUUCCUUACAGAAAAGAAAUUUCAUGGGAAAUCUCCAAGAAGCUCUGGGUCUUCAGAAACAAGUGACGAAGAUGAAGACGACGAUCUGGUUUCUCCUCUUUUGAACAUAGAAUUGGAUCGUCUUUAUUCUGAUAUGGUGAGUCUGGAAAAUUAUGGCCUAGGAGGACCAAGUUUAGAAGACAUAAAAAAGACACAGAGGCGUUGCUUGACAGACUGGAGUUUGGAAGAGCAUUUUCAACCCCAUGUUCUUUGUCAGGUCCUUCAUGCAGCAUCCCAAGAAUAUAGAUGCAUUGAUUCCUUUUAUCAUACCCAAGAUAACUCUUUACUAAUGGUUUUUCACAAUCCCAUGAAUCAACAUCGUCUGAGCCAAGAGACUUGGAAUAUUGCUCUGCACUCUAAUGUGGGAUUCAGGAGCUAUCUUGAGCUGGUGGCCAACUUAAUUGAAGACUGGGUGAAAGGGGAAGAAGCUAAAUACCAAAAAGAGAAGAUGGGCAGCACAACCGAACCUGAGAAUAUAAUUGAGUCUCAAUCCAAGAAUGAAGAAAGUCCCAUUAUCAGAGAAGAUUCUCUAAAGGCUUGGAAGAUUGAGCAGGACCAAUUACAAGAGGAAGAAAAAAAAGAAAAGGAGGAAGAACAAGAAAAGGAAGAAAAUUCGCAAAGUAGAAAGAAAAGCCAGGAUAUAAAAGGUAAAGGAAGUAAAGAAUCAAACAGAAGACCUUCUGAAGAGAAGUAUCAAAAUGAGUCAGUAAAAGCCACUGAACUUGAGGAGGAUCAUAGCAUUCCAGAACCAUGUUCUGAAAAAGUUUAUGAGUUUCAUGGCUACAAUACAGGGGAGGAUAUAAUUCAAGUAUCAGGAACCAAUCAGUAUCUUUUCCCAUCCGAUGGAGGACAGAUUCAAGUAGAGAAGAUAGAGUUUGUAAAAAAAACUUUGAUAAAGAUGAAAGUAAUGAAAGACAAGCACAAUUUCUUCAUUCAUGUCACAGACCCCAAGGAAAACUUCAAAGAAGCUGAAGAGCAAGAAAUUAAUGAAGAACAGCAAAUUAGAUCAGAAGAAUUGGAAAAUAAAAAGAAAGCUGUAGGCAAGUUUGGAUCUUUUUCAGCCACCUUGGAAAAUGGAAUCCAGCUGUCUCUGAGCUAUUAUGGACCUACAGGGGAGGCAGCAGAUGAUGAAACAGGUCUUGUCUUAGCAAGAAUUCUGAACAUCCCUUCUGUCCAUCUUCCGACGAUAAUUCCAACAGUUUCUCCUAUUGCACCAGCUCCAGGAAAAAAAGAUAAGUUUGACAGAGGAAAAUCAGGAAAACCUUCUGCCAAAGGAAAAAGUCACAAAUUAGCCCCUUCAUCACCUGAUAACCUGGUACAGAAAGAAGAACAAAAGAUAGAAAUGCAAGAACCGGCUCCCCAAACACAAGAGAUGUCAGAUGCUCCUGCUUUUCCGAGUUUGAAUGUCUCCUGUCCCAAUGGACUUGUAUUAACUUUCCUCGGUGAAAGGUUUCGAGGUGGAGCCACUGCCACUGAAGCAAAGAAAGAGACGGUAGAGGAAAGUAAGGCCAAAGCAGAUGAAGAAGAGAAGGAAGAGGUUAUGCCAAGUGGAGAGGAGGAACGUCAGGUUACAGAAGGUGAAAUGAAGCAGGAAGACACCAAAAGUGAACAGGCUAAGCAGCCUACUCUGGAAAUUCUGGUUAGACAGAGUUAUCCCCAAAAGGUAAAGAACUCUCGUCUUUAUUCACCUCCAGCGAGGCAAAGAGAGCAAGAGGUGUCAAGAGUCAUCACUAGUCAAGGAACUGUCAUAAAGCACCUGAUGGAUGGAUCUACCCAGAUUCUGUUUGCUGAUGGCACAGUGAGUAAUAGCCCUGAUUCUGGUCCUGUCCUACCACCACCUACAAUUCCAGAUGAAAUAUGGAGGAAAACACCCUUAACAGAUUCAGACCCUUUAUCUGAGACCAGCACUAAGAAAGGAAAAGGCACUGACAAGACAUCACUACAAUCACAGAAGUCUGAGGAGUUUGAAAAGGCCAGUUCUACACAACCUAAGGCAGGAACCUGGAUAACAACAACUCCAUUAGGCAUUCAAGUGGGCACAGAGGGUGCCACAAGAUUGGAUCUGAAGCCACUCUUAAUGUAUCAGGCCACAAACCCAGCUGAUGGAACGAUUAUGACUGUACGAGAAGAUGAAGUGAUAAUUGUUGAGAAGCCAGGCGGUAACAGAGUAGUAGACCAUGCUGAUGGUACCAGGAUCACAACUUUUUAUGAAAAAUGUGAAGUACCAGAGGGUAGUGUGGAAACAGAUGAACCCUCAGAAGCCACUGCAAAGAAGGUCCAAGGUACACGAGUAGAGAAUCCUGAAUUUGCUACUGUUAUAACAAAUUGUGAGGAUGGUACCUGUUGUACUAUCUUUGGAGAUGGGACAUCUAUUCUAGCAAAGCCACAGGGAACAUAUCAGGUUUUACCCAGCAAGGGAGGCUUUCUUUUCUUUGAUGAAGAUUGCUCAGCAGUUUAUAGCCAUGAAGUUUUUGAUUUCAGCAGCAAGGAAGAAAAGAAACAAGCAGGGAGAUACAUUAUGAAACACACUUCCAGCACUAUUUGUGAGAUGAUGGAUCCUGAAGGAAAUACUUUCAAGGUCCUGGCUGAUGGCAGCACAGAUGUGUGCAUUCCCAACAUUGACUCUGAUGACAAGGAGGACAGGAGUUCAGCAGCAGAUGAUGUUAACAAACCUAUCACUGAUAAUGAGCAUGUCCCCAGGUUUUUCAUCAUCUCUGCGGAUGGUUCUGGAACGGAGCUCCUGCGAACAAAGGAUGUACUCAAGUAUAUGGCUGAGGCUUGCAGUGAUCCUGCCACUGCUGUCUUGCAGGAUCCUGUAGAAGAACAGCCAGGUGUUUUAAGUAUUACUAUUCUCCGCCCUAUGGCUGAAGCAUCCCCCUGGGUAAUGAAGAAAGAACCAGAGAGUAUUGUUCCUCCAUAUCUACAGACAGAGACUCAGAAAAAAUCUUCUCCUCCUGAGGGGGAGAUCACAGGUCACACAGGUCACCCACUCAGAAGACGUGCCUGGAAGGGUCUCAGCAUUGGAGCAGCACGUUUGUCCUUGCCAGUCCCUGUGCGAAAAUGUCCCAAAAAACUGCAGAUCCGCCAGCUAUUCCAGUAUAAGCCACUCUGUGAUGAACUAAGAGAAAACAUGAAGCUUUCCCUCAAGGAAUAUAUAGUCAACAUCUUAAAGCAGGAAAAAGAGCUGGAAGAGAUGAAUGUGAAAGAACCAAGAACAGAAGAGGAAAAGGAGAAUGCUGCAAGUCUCCUUAAACAGUCCUUCCCUGACUGGGAGAAGUCAACUGAAAAGCUCAGUGAUAGAGCCCGUGUGAGCCAGCUGUAUGAGCAGGCAGUGGCUCCUCCUGCCCAGGGUCACACAGGGAAGACAAGCACUGCACAAAGAGAGGACCAGCAGCAGAGUCUUGAAGGAGUAAUAUCCAAGUGGAAAAGCAAACUGGAACAGAACAGGAAAGAACUGGAUAAACAGAAGGCUUUACUUGUGGCAAUGAUAAAUGGAAUUUUUGCUCCAUAUUUUGAAUCUGAAUUCGGCAAUAAAUUCUACCAAGAAAAGUUUCCUGAUUUGGAAGCAAUGUCUAAGGAACUUUCUCCACUUCAAAAAGAAAGAAGUGAGACUUGGCCUCUGUGGCUAAGAGAACCCAGCAGAGCAGCUGAAUUUCUUGAUACCACAAGUGAUUCACUUUCAUCUGGCCUUCCCCUGCAGGAUCCUUCCAAACAAGAGGAUGGUUCCAGCAGCACAACAGACCUAAACAAGGCUGAGAGAGCAGAAGAGACAGCCUUUCAACAUAAAGCUCCAAGUGUGAUGGUAGAUGUUACAGGACAGACAAGAAAAGAGAAAAUAAUAUUACCAUCAUACCUUCAGAGCAUAAAACGAAAAACCAUACUAAUUAAAAAGAUAGAAGAUCCUGCUUCAGGAAAGGUCCGCACAUCUUCUCUUGCAACAAGACAGGAUCUUACCAAAUUCCAUCUCAUCCCACCCAGGGUGAUAUUUGGAGUGCUAAAGGAAGGCUGCACCUAUGCAACCACUGUAAACAUGAAGAAUGUUGGUGUGAACUUCUCAAGGUUUCGGGUAAAGCAGCCGCCUCCACACACAGGACUGAGAGUGAUGUACACACCAAGACCUGUGGCAGCAGGCUUGCACGCUGAACUGGAGAUAGAGAUUUUUGCCAUGCUAAUUGAAGGGAAAGACACUGGUGGCCCUGAAGAAGUUUCCCAUAAUAUUGAAAUAUUAACAGAAACUGAAACUCUUCUCCUGCCUGUGAAAGCAAAUAUCCUUUGUUGUCUUAUUUCUCACACACACCUCAUAGCAUCAACUCUGAGGAUCAUCUUCCUGUUGGGAGCAUCAAGCAUUGUUUCCAGUGCAGGUUGUUGCAGUAGCAAGCUUUACUACUGUGCUUUUCAGAAAUACACAAACUGGUGUUUUCAAAAGCACAACAAAUGAACAAUUUAAUAUUCUAAUGCCAAAUGCAUUUUAUAUCAGAAUAACGUGGUUUGAAAAGUGGGAAAAGGAAGAGCACCAACUCAGAAAAAUGUUGCUUAUAAAAACUAAGUGAAAAUAAUAGGACUGUUUCCCACCACCCCUCAUAUAAAUACUUUAUUAUGGUUUUGAAUCUGUGGUAGCAUCUGGUGGUAAACCUCAUGAGCAACAAAAUGAUGUAUCAUCCAGAUACUAGACAGGCAAAUGGGACAAUCCCUGCAGCAGCAAAGAUGCAAGCACAGAAGUGCAUGAAUGCUGCCAGAAAUGAGCCUGUGUGGGUUCAGUGGGCUUUUCAGUUAACUGAUGACAGCAGUACACUAAAAGAAAAGAGCCAAGUUAAUAGCUAUUAUUUCUAUUUCCCUUGUGCUACAGGUGAAGUUCCAUUUGACAUUUAAUCAAAUUUACACUUAGAAGUCUGGGAGAAGGGGUCCUCUGGAAACCUAUAAAAGAAAUAGCAAGGCAAGCUACAUCCAGACAUGCCAGAAACUUCAUUCAGAGUAAGGAUCACCCUUACCAAAGAAAGGACAGCUUCAGGAUACUCUGAGCCUGACCAGAGUAAUAGCAACUCCUCUGAGGCUUUAUAUGCUCUAGAUGUGACUUUGAAAGUCCCCAAAUUUACUUGCAUUGACCCAAAGACACCUUUCAUGCCUAUAAUUGCAGAGCUGAGCUAGACAGGACCAAUGGCAUAGCAGCAAAACCAGCUGCUGUUCUGUUCCCACUCACCCAGUCCUCAGACACAGUUGCAGACCAGCUUCCAAAGCAUGUGCCCUUCCCCCAUACUUUAGCUGUUCCUUUCAUCUUUGAGCUGAGGGCACUAGUCCAGAUUCAAGAUGUUUCACAACCUUACUUCCAGAAUUCAUUCCUACGUCCACAUGUUAUCUUACUUAAAUAAACAUACCAAAAUGGUUAGAUCCUUAACAUGGUAUUCCACCUGUGCUAUCCAGUGACAUUUAUAGGUACCGCCCAAAAGGAUACCCCCAGGGAGGGAUGGCAGCAGGAGUCCGGGCAGUUCCUCCAAGCCCCAAGCCACGGUUACAGAUUACACUCCCAUGAAAGCUUUGUAGUUAGUGUAAGUAGUGGAUGCAGUGACACCGGCUGUAAAUUAAAAUACACUUGUUUUACCUACUCUUCACUUCAUCAGCACCAUCCUGAACAAUGCAAAUGAUGCACCUAGCACACUGACUUGGUUACUGUGACAAGAGAAGGGAAACACUGGAUGACUUUAACCAAAGCACUCACUACAAGGGUUAUUACAACAAAUAUUAUUAUAACUGCUCAGCUCAGUGGAGGCACUCACAGCAAAGCCUCCUUAGUCCUGUCCCAAAUCCUUCACUUACUGUCUCCACAGUAAACAAGUCCUUGAACGUCCUGGCUGCUGGAUUUAUUACAGUUAAGCCCUAAUACAUCAGCCUCUCUUAAACACUUUUGACUUUCUAAAACCAAGUCUUACUGGUUUUAGAAACCACUGACACUGACAGCAAAUCUAAUAAGGGACAGGAGUCUUACAGAUAGAGCAGCCUCAAUGGGACAAGUUCAAAUACACACAACCCUCUGCACACGCAGUUUCAUACAGCACAUUUAUGUAGCCUUACAGAUUCAGUCUACAUGAAGAAUCACAGAAUAUCCUCAGCUGGAAGGGACUCACAAAGAUCAGGCCCAACUCUGCACAGGACAUCCUGAGAAUCACAUCAUGUGUCUGAGAGCAU